CAGACUAUUUCCUCUCUCUCUCUCUCUCCCUCUAGGUGUAUUCAUUUCUGCGGGAAGGAGGAAAGGAAGAAGCGGAAGAAUGCCGGGCCCCGAUUACAAAGGCGACAAGGAAUUCUGCAAGGAGUUUUUGAGAAAUUUCGUUGACGCUAAUGGAGAACGCAAGUACAUGAACAUCCUGCAAGAUGUUGCUAAUCGAACACUGCGUGUCAUUGAAAUUGAACUGGAUGACCUUGAUACGUUCAAGGAUUCUGAAGAACUUCUUCAGCGUGUCCGGACAAAUACACGCAGAUAUAUUAUUAUUUUUGCAGAAGCUGUGGAUGAACUUCUGCCAGAACCAACAGUACCUUAUCCAGGGGAUGAUGAUGUUGAUAUAUUAAUGACUCAAAGGUUGGAAGAAGACACAGAAAAUAUGGACAACACAGACCCAUUUAGGAAAAUGCCUCCUGAGAUAAAGCGUCUCUUUGAGGUGUCCAUAAAGCCCUUCUCUAAGGAGAAGGCAUUUACUAUACGGGAGGUUAAUUCCUCAUAUAUUGGUCAACUAGUAAAGGUAUCUGGCCUUGUAACACGUUGCUCAAAUGUGAAACCUUUGAUGCAAGUUGCUGUCUAUACUUGUGAGGAAUGUGGCUUUGAAAUUUAUCAGGAGGUCACUGCUAGAGUUUACAUGCCACUAUUUGAAUGUCCAUCUAACCAGUGCAAAACAAACAAGGCAAAGGGUAAUUUAAUCCUUCAGCUGAGAGCUUCGAAGUUCAUGAAGUUUCAAGAGGCAAAAAUCCAAGAGUUAUCUCAACAUGUUCCAAAAGGCUGUCUGCCACGAUCUUUGACUAUUCAUAUAAGAGGAGAACUAACUAGAAAGGUUGGGCCUGGUGAUGUGGUCGAAAUCUCUGGAAUUUUUCUCCCUAUUUCUUAUACAGGGUUCAGGGCAAUGAAAGCGGGCUUGUUGGCAGACACAUUCUUGGAAGCAAUGUCCAUUACUCAUUCUAAGAAAAGAUAUGAGGAAUAUGAGCUAGGGGAAGAUGAAGAUGAGCAGAUUCGUUGUCUGCAAGAAGAAGGUGAUAUUUAUAAUAAGUUGGCACGAUCUUUGGCUCCAGAAAUAUUUGGUCAUGAAGAUGUAAAGAAAGCUUUACUUCUUCAGCUUGUUGGUGCCCCUGAUAAGACUCUUAAAGAUGGGAUGAAGAUCAGAGGCGACUUGCAUAUUUGUUUGAUGGGAGAUCCUGGUGUUGCCAAGAGUCAACUUUUAAAGCACAUAAUAAAAAUAGCUCCAAGAGGCAUAUAUACCACUGGAAAAGGAAGCAGUGGAGUUGGUUUGACAGCUGCAGUUCAAAGGGACCCUGUCACUGGUGAAAUGGUGCUUGAAGGAGGUGCUUUGGUGCUAGCAGACAAGGGUAUUUGCGGUAUUGAUGAAUUUGACAAGAUGGACGAAUCAGAUAGAACUGCAAUUCAUGAAGUUAUGGAGCAGCAGACUGUUAGUAUUGCUAAGGCCGGGAUAACAACAUCUCUGAAUGCUCGUACUGCUGUUCUUGCAGCUGCAAAUCCUGCAUGGGGACGAUAUGAUCUUCGCAGAACUCCAGCGGAAAAUAUAAAUCUUCCACCUGCCUUACUCUCAAGGUUCGAUCUGUUGUGGCUAAUUUUGGAUCGAGCUGAUAUGGAUAGUGAUCUUGAAAUGGCAAGGCAUGUCACCUACGUGCAUCAGCAUCAGCGACCGCCUUCUCUUGGGUUUAACCCAAUUGAACCAUCUUUACUUAGAGCUUUUAUCGCAAGGGCAAGGAAAGAGAACCCCAGUGUCCCUGAUGACCUUACAGAAUACAUGGCCAGCGUUUAUGCCAGCAUGAGGCAAGAUGAGGCAAAAACCAGCACUCCUCACUCUUAUACAACAGUCAGAACACUUCUUAGUAUCCUUCGGCUGGCAAUGGCACUUGCAAGGCUCCGGCCAUCGAAGUUUGUCGCUCAAAGUGAUGUUGAUGAGGCCUUGAGGUUGAUGAGAAUGUCGAAGUUCUCACUUUAUUCAGAUGAAAGGAGGAGGUCAGGUUUAGAUGCCAUCUCUGACAUCUAUUCGAUCAUUAGGGACGAAGCUGCAAGGAUGAACGCCAUGGAUGUCAGAUAUGCUCAUGCACUUAACUGGAUCUCAAGAAAGGGCUACAGUGAAGCUCAGCUGAAAGAAUGCUUAGAAGAGUAUGCAUCACUUAACGUGUGGCAGAUUCAUCCUCGGACAUUCGAUGUCCGGUUCAUUGACGCAUUUUAGAUUGUAUUCGUUCCUUGUAUAUUACAAAAGAGCAGCAUCACCGCAUGCACUAAUUAAAUCUCUUUGCCUGUGGUUUCUUCUAAUUUUCCUUCAAGAAAAGGAUUUUUUUCAGUUUUUUGGGGGAUUGGAAAGGCGGGGACAGGUUAAUGCCUACUAGAUUAUGCUAAGGGAGAAACUUGCAGUUGGUAUUAGGGAUGAUUCAUGGUAGAAUGGUGGGAAGAAUGAUGUUCCUGCUGCAUUAAGUUAUUUUACGAUGUACUUUGAUUUCA